AUGGCCAUCAGCGAGGAGUCAAAUGGUGCAGCAGUGUUUGUGGCCAGAAGUAAGCUGGAUGGAGUGCUUCAAACGUUGGUUGAUCAAAAAGAAGAUGGAGGUGCCAUCUCACCUGGAAAGGAAUCAAACGUUCCAGCUGACACCGACAGUGAUCAUUUUGAGUUAGUGAAUUCUCCGAUCAGCUCUCCAGCUAAGAAAUCACCACGAGUGAACAGACUGCAACGAAAACGAAAAUUAGUGAAAGAGGAAGUCACGCCGACUGACUUUCAAACUAAUUCGAAUGCCUGCCUGUUGAAGUUGUUUGACAGGACAGUCGACAUCGCCUCCUUCAAUGAGCACACCCCUCUCUACCCGAUCUGCAGAGCCUGGAUUAGGAACAACCUGUCUAUCAACAAUAAUAAUAAUAUUAAUAAUAACAACAUAGCUGAUAAGAAUCCAAAUGUUGAUCCAUUUGAAUCUGAGAUGACAGAUGCGCAACAUGUGUACGAACUUCCAGGUCCCGUGAUGAUGAAGUCAGAAGAUGGCGAAACAAAUUACCCCACAAUUCCAUCACCCGUCAAGGAACCCAGAGAAUCAUUUUACAUAAACCAAGAUGCCUCAGCAAUCAUUCCUGAAGACAUAUUUUUGAAUCACAUGAGGAGGUGGAAGCACAUCAGACAGAAAUGGAAGAAGGCCUCGAGAGAGAACGAAGCCAGGUACAUUGAAAGCUACAAGAUCCUGCAAGAGAUGUUCGACAAACAGAAUGCCUGA